CGUGGAUAAACGAGCCUUGCUUUUCUUGACUUUUCCGUCCAUUUCAUUUCAUCGUCACUACCACCAUCCUUUUUAACCGGGACAACAUGGCUACUGCAGCGAGCCGUUACUACAGCGAAGACGGCAGGGCAACAAAACGACAGAAAACUGACGGAAUGGCCACGGGAUACGAAGAUCCACACAAGACCCUUCCGUCUGUGGUGGUGCAUGUCCGGGGGCUUGUCGACGGUGUUACAGAGGCCGACCUUGUGGAGGCCUUGCAAGAAUUUGGAGCAAUCAGCUAUGUUGUGGUGAUGCCCAAGAAGCGGCAGGCACUGGUCGAGUACGAAGACAUGAAUGGAGCAUCCACAUCUGUAACCUAUGCUGCAGACAACCAGGUUUACAUCGCCGGCCACCCAGCCUUCAUCAACUACUCCACCAGCCAGAAGAUAUCCAGGCCGGGAGAUGCCGAUGACUCUAGAAGUGUUAACAAUGUUCUUCUGCUCACCAUCAUGAACCCCAUCUACCCCAUCACCUCGGAUGUCCUCUACACCAUCUGCAACAACUGUGGGCCUGUCCAGAGAAUCGUCAUCUUCAGGAAGAACGGUGUCCAGGCCAUGGUUGAAUUCGACUCAGUGCAAAGUGCACAGCGGGCCAAAGCUUCACUCAACGGAGCUGAUAUUUACUCGGGCUGCUGCACGCUGAAGAUCGAGUAUGCCAAGCCCACUCGACUGAAUGUGUUCAAGAAUGACCAAGACACCUGGGACUACACUAACCCCAACCUGGGAGGCCCAGAUGGUGAUGCAGAUGGCAAUGGGAGUAAUGCAGAUGACGUUAAUGCAAACCCCAACAAGCGGCAGAGACAGCCUGCGUUGCUGGGCGACCAUCCUCCAGAGUACGGAGGUGGUUACCAUGGCUACGACGAGAGCUACGGAUCCCCGCCCUAUGAGGGUCGCCGCAUGGGUCCACCAAUGAGAGGGCGUGGAGGGAGGCCCAACUACGGGCCAAACUACGGACCCCCUCCCCCUCCUCCUGGGGAGUACGGGGGCCACGCUGAGUCCCCGGUCGUAAUGCUGUACGGACUGGAGCCCGUCAAGAUGAACGCCGACCGGGUCUUCAACAUCUUCUGUCUCUAUGGCAACGUAGAGCGGGUGAAGUUCAUGAAGAGUAAGCCUGGCGCUGCCAUGGUGGAGAUGGGAGACUGCUAUGCAGUGGACCGCUCCAUCACUCACCUCAACAACAACUUCCUGUUUGGACAGAGGCUCAAUGUGUGUGUGUCCAAGCAACAGGCCAUCGUCCCCGGUCAGUGCUAUGAGCUGGAGGACAGCUCGAGCAGCUUCAAAGACUUUCACGGCUCCAGGAACAACCGCUUCACCUCGCCGGAGCAGGCGGCCAAAAACCGCAUCCAGCACCCGAGCAACGUGCUGCACUUCUUCAACGCUCAGCCAGACGUCACGCCGGAGAUCUUCACUCAGAUUUGUGAGGAGCUUGGUGUGAAGAUUCCCGUCAACGUCAAAAUGUUCACAGGAAAGAGUGGAGCAGCUCCCAGUGACCGCAGUGCUUCAGGGCUGCUAGAGUGGGAGUCCAUCAAUGAUGCCAUGGAGGCUCUGGCAUUGAUAAACCACUUCCAGAUGAAAAAUGCAGCUGGUCCUUACCCGUACACCCUGAAACUGUGCUUCUCCACCGUUCAGCACGCCAACUAGGAACAGCUGGUAUAAUGAAGAUUGGCCCUCCAUUCCCAUGUUCACAUGUACUUAGACCAUGACUGCUUGCAACACUCGUAGAGAAAUUAGAUUUUCAAAUGCUGUGAAAAAUGUUCACAUUGUAAUUGAUCCUUAAAGUAAAACUCCUAUUUGGUAUAUUAGACAGAUCUAACAAAUGCUAACGAUCAUUGAAAAGUUUUGAUAUUUAUCCCCCACGUGUUGUAGAGUGUUGGUACCUGCGUGUCUUCAAUAAUAUGUUGUCCUUUUUACUUUUUGUAUUAUGCUUAUACAGUAACAUAACAUAAACACAUUUGAAAGACUUGGUUUUAUUUUCAGCUGGUUCAGUGGCAGUAGAUAACAAAGUUUUGUUAGAGUUGUCUUUUGAAACUUUUAUUAUUCACUUUUUUGCUUUGUUUUGAUUUUACCUAUUCAGUUCUGCGUCUCUGUGUCUGAUAUGCAGAUGGAUAAUUGUUUUGUUCUAAGAAAAUAAAAAAACAAUUUAAGUUGC